CUCAAAGAUGGAUCAGACAUCUAUCCUUUUUGCUGUAUGCUGUGCAAUGUACACCCUCUCAGGGGGGCGCAUUUCACUCGCCAUAGCUGUAUCAGUCUGGGUUUAUAUUAUCAGAAUUCGCAGUCCUUCGACUCUGCCAGAAAAGCCUUCGCCCAUUUUGGAGGUUGAUUUCACCCACGCCUACAUGCCAAAUGAGAAGACCGUAUUCCCGCAAACCGUUCCCCUCUCAGCAAAGCCAAAGAAAGUUUCAAAAAGAUCGAAGUUUCCCAGGGUCUUUAAAGGUACUAAGACGCUUAAAAGCACUCUGGAGACUGCACUCACCUCCAAUGCUUUCAAGCUUUUGGAGUCCCCCAUCUAUAUAUUCUACACUACGUUGACGGGCUCAUCUCAUCGCAUGGCAAAAACCUUGCACGAAAAACUUUCAAAAAUUGAAGACUUAAUCACCCCACCAAAACUUCUUUCACUUGAUGAUGAUGUAGACGAUUUGGAAGAGUUUUUCUUGAAAACUCCUAAGUCUUCGAAACCAAACAUAUAUUUGUUGGUCCUUCCAUCUUACGAAACAGAUUCACCUAUCGACUACUUUUUGGAGCAUUUGCAAGAAACAUCGCAAGAUUUAAAUACCCCUUGCUCCUGGGGUGGUGAAAAGUUCUGCUACCAAGCUCAGCUCGCAGACAGAUGGAUGGGGAAGCUAGGUGCCCGUCGUUUAUUUCCAUUGGGCCAGGUUUGCAUGAAGCACGAAGGAGAACCAAAAGCACUCGACUGGAUCAAUAGAUUUGCAGAGCUCUUAGCGGACGACGAGCCUUUCCAUGUCGAUGAGAACGACGCAGUUGACGACAGCGAUGUUGAGGAUGAAAUUGACAUAGUCAACGAUGUCGUUGACGUUGAAGAUAUGGGCACAAUCAUGAAGGCUUCCAACGGCACUCUCCUGGGGAUGGAGCCCAAGCAAAUGGUUGCUCAAGACUCUCCAACUUUUAAGUCGCUUACAAAACAAGGCUACACCGUGGUGGGCUCCCACUCUGGAGUGAAAAUUUGUCGCUGGACUAAAAGUGCUAUGCGCGGACGGGGCUCUUGCUAUAAAUUCGCCUUCUAUGGUAUUCGCUCGCAUUUGUGUAUGGAAACCACUCCGUCGUUGGCAUGUUCUAACAAGUGUGUCUUCUGUUGGCGUCACGGCACGAACCCAGUCGCUAAACUGAAUUGGCGAUGGGAGGUUGACCCACCCGAGAAGGUCUUGCAUGGUGCUUUGGAAGGUCACUACAAAAAAAUCAAGCAAAUGAGAGGUGUGCCCGGAAUACAAAUGGAAAGGUUUGAAGAAGCUUUCCAAGUUCGUCACUGUGCUUUGUCGCUUGUUGGUGAGCCUAUAUUUUAUCCUCACAUCAACGAGUUUGUUGGCAUGCUACAUGAUAGAGAUAUAUCCUCUUUCUUGGUAUGUAAUGCACAACACCCUGCCAACUUGGAGGCAUUGGACAAAGUGACACAGCUUUAUGUCAGUAUUGAUGCGCCAACAAAGCAGGAUUUGAAGAAGGUUGACAGGCCUCUCAAUUCGGACUUUUGGGAAAGACUCAUUGCUUGUUUGGAUAUUUUGCGUACCACGCAAGCUCAUCAACGUACAGUCUUCAGAUUGACGUUGGUGAAGGGGUUCAACAUGGGCGAUAUCAAGAGCUAUGCAGACAUGGUGGAGCGGGCUCAACCUUCCCAAAUUGAAGUGAAAGGAGCCACAUUCUGUGGGUCGUCGACUGGAAAUGGUAAUCCGUUGACCAUGCAAAACAUUCCCUUUUAUGAUGAAUGUAAAGAGUUUGUGGAGAGUUUGGUGGAAGAGUUGAAUUCCCGUGGACAGACUUACGAGCUUGCUGCUGAACACGCUCACUCGUGUUGCAUUUUGAUUGCCCACACAAAAUUCCACAUAAAUGGAACGUGGCAUACGCAUAUUGACUAUCCGAAAUUCUUUGAAUUGCUCAAAAGCGGACAAGAGUUCAACGCUUUGGACUACGUCAAAGAGACCCCAUCUUGGGCGUUAUGGGGUUCCGAUGAAGCUGGUUUUAACCCAGACGAUACCCGUUACGACAGAAAAGCUGAAAAGCUCAAGAAAAAGGAGGCAAGAGAUGCUCAGGUAGCCCAAGCAGCGCAAGCAAAAGAGGUGCAAAAUGGUAUAUAGUGAUUCAUGAGCUUUGAAUUAGUUAUGUGAUAUUUUCUAUGGUC